GGCGGUUUCCGGCGUGUCGCGCGGUCUCGGGCCGAGCGCGGGCCGGAGCCGAGCGCCGGGCGUCGCAGCCAUGGCCUCCCUGCUCGCCAAGGACACCUACCUGCAGGACCUGGCCAGAAAGAUCUGCGUUCAGCCCGGCCCCGAGCGACCGAGGCGCGAGCGCGCCGGCAAAAUUCAAGGCCCAGAAGCUGCUGGACCACCAAAGAAGAAAAGAAAGAAGACACAGAAGAAGUUCAGAGAGCGGGAACAGAAAUCUGCAGAGCACAAGGCCAAGACCGUGGCUUCUGGGGCCAAAAAGCCAGUUGCAGUCAGGGAGGAGAAGGAGGAGGAGGUUUCCAGGCCCUCUGGGGCCCCUGCAGAUGGCCGUGCCACAGAAUCUGUCUCUGUCUUUGCCUUGGAUGUCCUUCGACAGCGACUGCACGAGAAGAUCCAGCAGGCCCAGGGCCAGGGCAGCACCAAGGAGCUGUCUGCAGCCACACUGGAGAAGCGGCGCCGUAGGAAGCAGGAACGAGAACGCAAGAAGAGGAAACGGAAGGAGCUGCUUGCCAAGAAAAAGGCAGCGCAAGCUCAGGAGGCAGAAGAGAAGGAAGCAGUGACGGAGGCGGCCCCUGGCACGGCCCGUGCAGAGCCUGUGGAGCCCGCGCUGAUCUUCAACAAGGUUGAGGUGAGCGAGGAGGAGCCAGCCAGCAGGGCCCAGCGCAGGAAGGAGAAGCGGCAGCAGGUGAAGGGGAACCUGACGCCGCUGACGGGCAGGAAUUACCGGCAGCUGCUGGAGCGCCUGCAGGCGCGGCACAGCCGGCUGGCAGAGCUGCAGGAGCAGGAUGCGGGCAAGGCCCAGGAGCUGGAGGCCAAGAUGAAGUGGACCAACCUGCUGUACAAGGCAGAGGGUGUGCGCAUUCGCGACAAUGAGCGCCUGCUGGAGGAUGCACUGAAGCGCAAGGAGAAGCGGCGGGUGCAGCGCCAGCGCCGGUGGGAGAAGCGCUCGGCGCAGGUGGUGGAGAAGAUGCAGCAGCGGCAGGACAAGCGGCGCCAGAACCUGCGCAAGAAGAAGACGGCACGGGCCGAGCGGCGCCUGCAGAAGGCCCGCAGGAAGGGCCGGGUGCUACCGCAGGACCUGGAGCGGGCAGGCCUCUCCUGAGCCCCACCAUGACCUUCACCCGGGCCUUCCAGCACCUUCCUGCCUGUGGCUGUUGUCUCCACCCAGGUGCCGUGACACUGGAGCAUCCCCGAGUUCCCAGUAUCGCACAGUCCUAUGGUCAGCUACUUCAAAGCUGGGAUUGUGUGUCCACGAGAAUGGCCACAUCCACAGACCCCAGGAGGCACGGCCUGUUCUGCCAGCCGCCUCUUGAGGUGGGAGCACCUCUUGAAGUGUGCGGGGCAAGGAGGAGGGGCCUGGGCAGGGGCAGGGGUGUGGCCACCUGCUGGGAGUAGAAGGCAGCGCCUCAAUCCGCUGUGUGAUUGUGAACCUUAGAAGGCUGGGCCGCAGCAGGGGAGCCGCUGGCUGCAAAGGAGCUGUAGGGACUGGAUGUGGUUCUGAGCCUGAGUACCAAGGCCUUUGCUCAGUCCUGGCUUCUGCCAGUGUCCCCCACAGCAUCCCCACCACUCAGAACCCAGAGGGUGGGGGUGUCUUCCCAGAUCCAGGCCACAUGGACACAUCUCGGCAGUCACUGGCUUGGGGGUGGGAGCACUGCGGUUGGCACCUCCUGGAGGUGGGCCUGCUGGUACAACAGGCACGUGUGGGAGGCAGUGUUUAGGAGACCUGGGCGUUUCUCUCUGGAGGCAGAAAGUGCACCCAGCUGAGCCAGCCUGCAGUGCGCAGCAGUUUGCUGGGCUUGAGCUCUGGAGUGGCUGGCUGUGCUCUCUGGAGCCCCAGCGAGAGCCUAGGACAGCGCUGCACCCAGCAGCCAGGGAAGUCCUGGGACUGGGGUGCAUGGCAGCCGAGCAGGACAGGAAGGGUACGGCGCUGGGCUGGAGCCCUUUGUCCCCUCCCAGGUGCUUGGCUGUGGCUUGGCAGCUCUACAUGGUGGUGUGAGCUGUCCUCUUCCGCCCCUGUCCUUCAAGUUGAGACCCCAGUAAACGGUUUGCACUUUU